UGCUGCCUCUUUGAAGUUUUGUUUUCCGACAGAUUGAUUCAAGCACCAGCAACCACGGCAAGGCCAAGGCUGCUGCAAGAAUAAUUAAGCCAUGGCUGGAUCACAGCUCAAACGCCUCAAGGCGUCGCUUAAGGAGCAAGGCAUAAUCGGCCCUCAACAAUCGAAAAAGCAGAAACGCAAGAAUGCUCAAGACGAGCGAGGACGAAACGAAAAGAGACUGCAACGAGGUGUUGUACUCUCCGGAAUCCGUGAACAAUUCAAUCCAUUCGACUUGAAGCAUGCCAAGGGUCCCAAAUUUGAAGUAACAAGCAAUGUUUCUGCAACCAAGAGGAUCCACGGCCGUCCUGGUGAGGCCAAGGCUUUAAGUGAGGAAAAGAGAAGAAAUACGCUCCUUGUUGAUAUGCAACGAAGAAAUAAAGUCGGUGGCAUUCUUGAUCGUCGAUUCGGUGAAAACGAUCCUACUAUGGCUCCAGAGGACAAGAUGCUGGAGCGUUUUGCCCUUGAAAAGCAACGAACGCACAAGAAGAACUCCCUAUUCGACUUGGAGGAUGACGAUGGUAUAGAUGGUCUUACCCACGGAGGUAAAUCAUUGACAUUUGAGGACGACGAAGACGUAGCGGAUGAUUUCCAAGAGGACGAUCUGGACUACGACAGCGACAUGUCUGAACGCCAAAUGCAGAGAUUGAAGCGUCUUCGCUCUCUUGCCGCCCAAGGCGAUGACGAAGAAGAUGAUGGCCAACCUGAGCGUAAGAAGACCAAAAAGGAAGUCAUGGAAGAAAUUAUUGCCAAAUCGAAAAUGCACAAGUACGAACGACAAGCUGCCAAGGAGGACGAUGAAGAGCUCCGUCACCAGAUCGACCAAGAGCUGCCUAACAUCGCCAUGCUGCUCUCUAAAUCAAAAGGAAGCAAUCGCGCGGAUGUUACAGCAAGCACAAUUACUGGACUUGACCGUGAAGCUUUUGACAAGAACUUUGAUCUGCAAAUCAAGAAACUUGCGCAGGACACACGAGCCAAGCCUGCCGAUCGCACAAAGACUGAAGAAGAAAUUGUCGAAGAAGAAUCCAAACGACUCAAGGAACUGGAAAACAAGCGACAGAGACGCAUGCGCGGAGAAGUAGUGUCUGACAGCGACGAGAGCGACUCUGGAGCCAAGAAGGGUGGCAAGCAGGAGGAAGAGGAAGAUGAGGACGAGGAUGACGAAGACUUUGGUCUGGGAAGUGGUAUCAAGGCUCGAACAAAGCCCACUGCUACGGAGCUUGGCUUUGAUGACGAAGACGACUUUGUUAUCGAUGAUGAUUUGGUGGCUAGUGGCUCCGAUCUGGAACUGAUUGAAAGCGACGACGAUAUGGAAGAUGAUGAGGACGAAGACGAUGAGUCUGGUGACGAGGAAGAAGACGAAGACGAAGAUGACGACUUCACCAAGGGUCUUUUGAAUGAAGAAGAAGCACGAAAUCCUGCCUUCAAGCAAGCACCGGGGUCAACAGACGUCGCUGGCGGUGACGAACACGGCCUGCCCUUCACAUUCCCUUGCCCUGAAUCGCUCGAAGACUUUACUGCCCUUGUCGCCAAGUACGACUCUAACAACAUCCCCAAGAUCGUGCAACGUAUCCGUGCACUUUACCACCCCAAGCUCAACGCCGAAUACAAGGAGCGCCUCGGCAACUUCGCCACCACCCUGGUCGACUUCAUCUCGUCCGACUGGGACGCCGAAACAUCGCCAUCGUUCCUCGUCCUCGAGAGUAUCGUCAGACACAUCCACUCCCUGUCCAAGAUGUUCCCCAUUGAAAUCGCCAAGCAGUUCCGCCAGCACAUCGAGGACAUUGGUGAAUCAAGACCAUUGGCUCUCGAGCCCGCCGACCUCACCAUGCUGACUGCUGUUAGCACCAUCUUCCCUACCUCCGAUCAUUUCCACCAAGUAGUCACCCCCUCCAUGCUCACCAUUGGCCGAUACCUUGGCCAGCGUGUACCCCAGGACCUAUCCGACUACGCCAUUGGUAGCUACCUCUCCAUCCUCGCCCUCCAGUACCAGCAGCUCGCGAAGCGCUACGUGCCCGAGGUCGUCAACUUCACUCUCAACACGCUCCAUGCGCUCGCCCCCGUAGCUUCCAAGCCCAAGGGCGGUUUCCCCAUUCACACACCUCCCACCGGCUGCCGAGUAUCCAAGGCGGCAUCGGAGAAACUCCGCCGCCUCACCUUUGCCGACUGCGUCCCCGCCGAAGAGAUCGACUCCGAGCUUCAAGUCGCUAUCCUAAGCACCGCCAUUGACACAAUCGAUGCCGCAGCAGACACAUGGACCGGCAAGCCCGCGUUCCUGGAGACACUAGGCCAGGGUCUCGACGCAAUCAAGCACCUGACGAGCAAAGCUUGCCGCUCGCAUCUUCCCGUAGCUCUGCUCAGCAAGGCCGAGAAGGCAGAGACCAAGCUCACUCGCAUGCUGAAGCUUGCUGAGCUGUCCCGCCGUCCGCUGGAGCUUCACCACCACCGCCCGCUCGCCAUCAAGACCUUUAUUCCCAAGUUCGAGGAGACAUUCGACCCGGACAAGCACUACGAUCCGGACCGCGAGAGAGCAGAGCUUGCCAAGCUCAAGAAGGAGCACAAGCGCGAGAGAAAGGGUGCUAUGCGCGAGCUACGCAAGGAUGCAAACUUCAUGGCCAGAGAGAAGCUGCGCGUCAAGAAGGCCAAGGACGAGGCGUACGAGAAGAAGUUCAAGAGACUGGUGGCAGAGAUUCAGAGCGAAGAAGGCCGUGAGUCGAACAACUACGAGAGAGAAAAGGAGGCGCGCAAAAGGUCAAGAAACAGGUAAAUAUCAGGUGUUGUGGUUUGAUGUUAGCAUUAGUCAAAAGAUUUAUACAGCAAUGUUCAAUUCGGUUUCAAUCAAAGGUGUGCCUGUCAAAUGACAUAUAAAAGUACGGCGAGAGCCAACAUCACACACGGCAUUAGCAUCAGUGGCCCUUGUUUAAUGAUUAAUUUUACUUCUUUGGAUUAUGAUUCUGAGUGAGACACAAAGGGUCAUCUUUUGCCGCUUGGCCCCUUGGGGGUUUCGCGCACAAGUAGACGAACGUUUCCAUCGCCAAUUUCUACUCCUUGGCUCAAAAUGUCCACGUCUUUAUCCUCCUGCGCUGGCUCCUCUCGUGCUAGGCUCUUGUCCCAGCUCCGAGCGUCUAUGCCUAAUAUCCCGCCCAUGUUGUUCCGGUCCCCAGGGACAGAGAACUCUCUGUAUGCGUACCUCCAUUCGUUGAGAAAGUUUCUAAUUGCGCGGCCAACCUUGUCUUUACCAUUCUUACUGUGAUGGCCAGUGCCAGUAAUGGCAUAUAUGGCACCAGUCUCGCGACUGUUUUCAAGCAAAACCUUUUCAAGAUACUCGACUGCUUCUUCUGGGUGUAAGCCGUGGAGGUCAACGUAUAUCUCCGACGUGCCAGAAGGAUUUCGGUUGCGUUCUUCGUAAAGCUCUUUUGCUGCCUCGCGGUGGGCUUUGCGCAUCAAGUCGUUUUCACUCUGACCCCGCAAACUUAAAGCCUUUGCAGCUCGGGCAUCGUUACGGUUCCAAGCUUGAGCGGCACUACAACUGUGUCAGCAAGCGUCAAAGGCGAGCGGGCAGUCCGAUGGUAUACAAACCUCUGGAGAAACUUGUUACGCAGGCCACCGUGCUUUAUAGCUUCUUGUCGCGCCUUUAGAUAAGCUUUAUUGGCGCGAUCACCAGUUUCAAGCCACGGGAUCUGCUGAGGGCUUGGGAUAGCUUGGCUGGCGGCACUGUUCUCUCCGUUCCUCGAUGCGCCGUUCGUACCUGGUCGUUUAGCAGCUAAGCGAGGUGAAGCAGGGCUGGGGGAUGGCGACAUCUUGACAAUAUCCGCAAGCGAAUUUGGAACCACAUUUUCUUUAUGACCAUGACCGCCUCGCUUACCGCCGUGCUUUUUACCCUGCUUGAGAGAUGCGGAGCCUAAGGACGGAAAGGCUUCGUUGUCGUCCAAUGAUGGAGCCGGGACUGCGACUUCCUUCACCUGCUGCUGUCGACUGCUGGGACGAGAUCUAGAGAGUGGGCUCUCAGCUGGGUGGAACGUUCGCAGACCCGGAGGGGGCGUCAUAGCGCCGGUGUAGAUGUGAUGGCCCCCGAAGCCAUCUGGCCCUCCAGAUUGAAGAGAGGGAAACGAAUUCAGGUCUUGUAGUUGAAGGUUUGCGUUAAUUGGAGGAGUAGAGCUUCCAUCAAUGGACAUUUCUUUCAUGAGCUUUGCCGGAUCAUGAGAGAAGACGCAGGUUUCACCAGCAAGGCAGUUACCCAUGACCCAAUACUUGCAAAUAUGAUUGCUGAGGUCGUGGCUAAAUCGGCAAUCUGCUCGUAAACACUGGCCGGUAGACAUGUAAAACUUGCAGAUGAUGCUGCUCUUGGAUUGGCUAUGCGGGGUUGAAGGGCGGCUCUCGUUUGAAAUGGACUUGCCAAUGAGGACGCUCUUCGGCUCCUCAGGAGGGGAAGCAGCAGCGAAAGAGGCUUGCUGGGCCUUGCUUUCCAUUAUCGCAGCAAUGGUUGCACUGAGAUCGUAGCCAUGACUUGCCAAGGCCGUCUCGAUUUCCUCAUCAGUCCUAGUUUGACCCAAGAUGGAGCGGAGCAUAUCAUACGGAGACAUGUCCAGCUGCUGGGUUGUAGUAAAGGAAAACUCCGGUGCGGCGGCGUUUAAGGCACUACUGGUAGUACCAACCGAUGAGACACUAGCUGCAUCGUCGUUGACAAGCCAUUCUACAUUUUCUGCCUGAUAAUCGCCCAGGAUUUCGGUGGCAGGUGUUGGGUCGCUGGCAAACUCGUACGCGUUCAGGCUGGGACUGUGAGGGAUCACGGGGGUCGCAAAUGCAAGACGAGGAGAGGCCCGGGGCGAAGAAAAGGGCGAUGGCGCAGAAGAUUUGGUUCUGUUGAAAGAAGCCGGAACAUAUCCAGGUGGUGCUAGGGGACUAACAGCAAGUCGGGGUGAGCCAGAUAGGGGUGUUCCGGGACCACGCCAUGAUGCAGGAGAAGGUCGUCGCAAUAUUGACUGUCGAAUGGGAGGAGGGGAUGCAGAGCCGCCUGCACCUUCACGAAACCUCCAGAGUGCGUCCAGGAUGACAUGCUCAAGGGAUGAGCCUGUGAGAUUUGUUUCCUUUUUGAGGAGUUCCUCCAUUCUAUCUGUUUUGUCCUCAUCCUCCAAGGUGGAGUCCUGCAGGAUGGGCAGGCAGAUCUCAUAAUGUUCGUCUGAAAUCAUGGUAUUAAGGUGUGUGCUCUGCGCAGCUUCGAUACGAAUGUAACACGAUGACUAGCAGUAGGGGCGGUGAUUAUUCGGGGGUCUAGCUUGGGCUAGAGAUAUCAGUAUCGGCUUGCCGGAGCGCGGGUGACGUGUAGAAACAAAAAGUGUAAUAAAAAAAUCGAUUUACAAAUGAAGAAAAUGGGCGGUAACUGGG